GGAGGAGGUAAAUCAACUUUGACCUUGUGGAUGGGGUCACUGUGGUUAAGGAAUAUUCUUGGUUAUCGUCUAAGUGAAUCAGAAUUGCAAAAUGUCCCCUAUCCAAAGACAGAAUUACUUUUACACAUUGGUCUUAGAACGACUCAGGUUUCAUGUUUAUUUGGAGCCGUGGUAUGCGCUCCAGUAGCAACUAUCCUAUCAACCCCUAGAACCUUCAGACGUUUCACCCUAAGAUUUGCCAAGUAUGCUACUUAUGGUGUUCUACCAGGAGUUGCCCUUGGUCCAGUACUAAUGUAUAUACGACUACAUGAUCAACCAGACGAGGCAAUUUACGACAGGUGUUAUCGCCUAAGAUGUAACAAGCAUCAGCUUCGUGUAGAUCGUUUCGCCUAUAUUGGUCUGAUCUGGGGCGGGAUCGCAGGUUUCGCUAGUCGGGUGAGGCCACUUGAAACAUCAAUCGUUGGUAUGGUGUUAGCAACUAUAACAGCUGCUUGUUACAAUCACAUUGAACAUAAACUGUCAAUAGAGAAAUAGGUUAUAAGUUUUCUAAUUAGGUUAAUUUUUUGAGUUUGUACAUAAAUGAAAAAGUAAAAUGUUCUCAUGAUUUGUUCCAAGAAAUUAGAAAAGUAUACAAGAAGUUUCCAAAGAUGCAGUUUCCAGUUGUAUUUAAUUACUAGUGAAGAAUAUACAAAACCCA